CCGUCUCCUCAGAGGACCUGGGAGGUCACUCCCACCCCACUCCAGGCUCCUCCCAGUGCCCCGCAGUCUGAGCUCCCGCGUAGUCGCUGUGGAGUCUCUCAGCGGGCCGGACUCAUGGACUCGGCGCUGAGGUUCGACGGGCGGGUGGUACUGGUCACCGGCGCGGGGGGAGGUCUGGGCCGAGCCUAUGCCCUGGCUUUUGCAGACAGAGGUGCAUCAGUUGUUGUGAAUGAUUUAGGAGGGGACUUCAAAGGAGUUGGAAAAGGCUCACAGGCUGCUGCGGAUAAGGUUGUUGAAGAAAUAAGAAGAAGAGGCGGGAAAGCAGUGGCCAACUACGACUCGGUGGAAGCAGGAGAAAAACUUGUGAAGACAGCCCUGGAUGCUUAUGGAAGAAUAGAUGUUGUGAUCAACAAUGCCGGAAUUCUGAGGGACCGUUCCUUUGGUAGAAUAAGUGAUGAAGACUGGGAUCUGAUCCAUAGAGUUCAUUUGCGUGGCUCAUUCCAAGUGACCCGGGCAGCAUGGGAACACAUGAAGAAACAGAAGUUUGGAAGGAUCAUUAUGACUUCAUCGGCUUCAGGAAUAUAUGGCAACUUUGGCCAGGCAAAUUAUAGUGCAGCAAAGCUGGGUCUUCUAGGUCUUGCAAAUACUCUUGCCAUUGAAGGCAGUAAAAGCAACAUUCAUUGCAAUACUAUUGCUCCUACUGCUGGAUCACGGAUGACCCAGAGUGUUUUGCCUGAAGAUCUUCUAGAAGCUCUGAAGCCAGAUUAUGUGGCGCCCCUGGUUCUUUGGCUUUGCCAUGAGAGUUGCGAGGAGAAUGGUAGUUUGUUUGAGGUUGGAGCAGGAUGGAUUGGAAAAUUGCGCUGGGAGCGGACCCUUGGAGCCAUUGUAAGACAGAAGAAUCAGCCAAUGACUCCUGAGGCGGUGAAGGCUAACUGGAGGAAGAUCUGUGACUUUGACAAUGCCAGCAAGCCUCAGACAAUUCAAGAAUCAACUGGUGGUGUAAUUGGAGUUCUAAGGAAAAUAGAUUCAGAUGGAGGAGUUUCGACAAAUCAUACUGGUCAUGCAACAUCAACAGCCACAUCUGGACAUACUGGCGCUAUUGGCUAUAAAUUUCCUCCAUUUUCUUCUACUUAUACGGACAUGGAAGCUAUUAUGUAUGCCCUUGGAGUGGGAGCAUCGGUGCAAGAGCCAAAAGAUUUGAAGUUUAUUUAUGAAGGAAGUUCUGACUUCUCUUGUUUGCCUACUUUUGGAGUUAUCAUAGCUCAGAAAUCUAUAAUGGGUGGAGGACUAGCAGAGAUUCCUGGGCUUUCGAUCAAUUUUGCAAAGGUUCUUCAUGGGGAACAAUACUUGGAGUUAUAUAAACCACUUCCCAGAGAGGGAAAAUUAAGAUGUGAAGCAGUUGUUGCUGAUAUCCUAGAUAAAGGAUCCGGUUCAGUAAUUCUCAUGGAUGUCUAUGCAUAUUCUGGAAAGGAACUUAUAUGUUACAAUCAGUUCUCUCUCUUCCUUGUUGGCUCUGGAAGCUUUGGUGGAAAACGGACAUCAGACAAAGCUAAGGUAGCUGUAGCCACACCUAACAGAGCUCCUGAUGCUGUCCGUACAGACACCACCUCACAUAAUCAGGCUGCUUUGUACCGCCUUAGUGGAGAUUGGAAUCCCUUGCACAUUGAUCCUAACUUUGCUGGCUUAGCAGGUUUUGACAAACCCAUAUUACAUGGAUUGUGUACAUUUGGAUUUUCCGCCAGGCAUGUGUUACAGCAGUUUGCAAAUAAUGAUGUGUCGAGAUUCAAGGCAAUUAAGGCUCGUUUUGCUAAACCGGUAUACCCAGGACAGACUCUACAAACUGAGAUGUGGAAGGAAGGAAAUAGAAUCCAUUUUCAAACCAAGAUCCAAGGAACUGGAGACAUCGUCAUUUCCAAUGCUUAUGUGGAUCUUGUGCCAACAUCUGAUAUGUCAGCUAAAAUACCCUCUCAGGGUGGGCAGCUUCAGAGUGCCCUUGUAUUUGAGGAAAUAGGCCGCCGCCUUAAGGAUGUCGGGCAGGAGGUGGCAAAGAAAGUAAACGCUGUGUUUGAGUGGCAUAUCACUAAACAUGGCAACAUUGCAUCUAAGUGGACUAUUGACCUAAAAAGUGGUCCUGGAAAAGUAUAUCAAGGCCCUGCAAAAGGCUCUGCUGAUGUGACAUUCAUACUUUCAGAUGAAGAUUUCAUGGAGGUGGUCCUGGGAAAGCUUGACCCUCAGAAGGCAUUCUUCAGUGGCAGGCUGAAGGCCAGAGGGAACAUCAUGCUGAGCCAGAAGCUACAGAUGAUCCUUAAAGACUAUGCCAAGCUCUGAAGGAUGUACUACAUUACUAAUAAAAAUAGAAAAAUUAAAAUGCUCUGUUCACCCAAAUAUGCAGACAUGAUUCAGCAAAAGUGAUCGAACUAACAUACCAAGAGAAAUUGCUUAACAUUUUCAGAUUUCAGAUAACUUUUCAGAUUUUCAUUUUAUACUAAUUUUUCAUGUUAUCAUUAUUUUUACAAGGAACUCUAAGCUAGCAUGUAACUAUCCUUCUGUUCUUAGAGCUAUAUCUUGGUAAUAAAAAAUUUUCACCCAAGUCCAGUGUCUUCAGAAUUUGUGAUCGCUUUUGUAAGUUGAAAGUAAAAUUAAAAGAGUAAGUUGAAAGUAAAAUUAAAAG